AUGCUCUCGCUGCUCGAAAGCAUGAUCCGCAUCCGCCGCUUCGAGGACAAAUGCGCCGAACUCUACACGCAGCAGAAGAUCCGCGGCUUCCUGCACCUUUACGACGGCGAGGAGGCGAUCGCAUCGGGCGUGAUCCCGGUGCUCACGCCCGCCGACCGGAUCGUCGCCACAUAUCGUGAGCAUGGACAUGCGCUGGUGCGCGGCGUCCCGAUGACCGCCGUCAUGGCCGAGAUGUACGGCAAGGCCGAGGGCUGUUCGGGGGGCCGCGGCGGCUCGAUGCACCUGUUCGAUUCGGCGACCAACUUCUAUGGCGGCAACGCGAUCGUCGGCGGCGGUCUGCCGCUUGCCGGCGGGUUGGCGCUGGCCGACAGGAUGCAGGGCACCGACAGCGUCACCGCCUGCUUCUUCGGUGAGGGCGCGGUGGCCGAGGGCGAAUUCCACGAAACGCUGAACCUGUGCAAACUCUGGAGCCUGCCCGUCCUUUUCGUGUGCGAGAACAACGGUUAUGCGAUGGGCUCGGCGCUGGCCCGCACGGAGGCGGAGACCGACAUCCACAAGAAGGCCGCCGUCUACGGCAUGCAUGCCGAGGUGGUCGACGGAAUGGAUGUCGUCGCCGUCGAGGCAGCGGCGCGGCGUGGCAUUCAGAGGAUUCGCGAGACGGGCGGGCCGGUCUUCCUUGAAUGCCGGACCUACCGCUUCCGCGCCCAUUCCAUGUUCGAUGCCCAGCUCUAUCGGGACAAGGACGAGGUGGAGCAAUGGCGCGGCAAGGGACCGAUCGUCCGCUUCAAGGGCUGGCUGUUGGAGAACGGUCUUGUCGAUGAAGCCGACGUGGCCGCCAUCGAGACCCGGGCCGACGCGGAGAUCGCCGAAGCGGUGGCCUUUGCGGAAGCCGGGACGUGGGAGCCGGUCGAGGAUCUGGAAAAGCAUGUGCUCGGCGAACAGCCGCCACCGCCCGUGCCCGCCAAGCCGUCAGGCGAGACCGAGGAGAUCAGCUACAGGGAGGCGGUCAAACGGGCGAUCCGGGAAGCGAUCGAGCGCGACGAUCGCGUGUUCCUGAUGGGUGAGGAUGUCGGCGCCUAUGGCGGCUGCUACGCCGUGACAAAGGGGCUGAUGGCGGAACUGGGCGAGGACCGCAUCCGCGACACGCCGCUUUCCGAAUCCGGUUUCACCGGCGCCGGCAUCGGCGCGGCAGCCGCCGGCAUGCGGCCGAUCGUCGAACUGAUGACCGUCAAUUUCAGCCUGUUGGCGCUCGACCAGAUCCUCAACACGGCGGCGACCAUGCGCCACAUGUCGGGCAAUGCGUUCGGCGUGCCGCUGGUAAUCCGCAUGGCGACCGGUGCCGGCAAGCAGCUUGCCGCCCAGCACUCUCAUUCGCUCGAGGGCUGGUAUGCCCACAUUCCCGGCCUCAAGGUGCUCGCGCCGGCAACGAUUGAGGACGCGCGCGGCAUGCUCUGGACGGCGCUCGAAGACCCCGACCCGGUGCUGAUCUUCGAAAACGUCAUGCUCUACAACCAAACCGGCACGAUCGACACCAAUGCGGGCGCGGUGCCGAUCACCGGCGCUGCGGUCCGGCGUCCCGGCACCGAUAUCUCGCUGAUCACCUAUGGCGGCUCGCUGUACAAGGUGAUGGAGGCGGCAGACCAACUGGCUGGCGAGGGAAUCGAGGCCGAGGUCGUCGAUCUGCGCGCGUUGCGGCCACUGGACGACGAGACGAUCAUGGCGUCCGUUGCGCGCACGCGGCGCGCAUUGAUCGUCGACGAGGGCUGGCGGACCGGGUCGCUGGCGGCCGAAGUGUCGGCGCGGAUCAUGGAACAGGGAUUCUGGAACCUCGAUGCACCGGUCGGCCGCGUCUGCUCUGCCGAAGUCCCGAUCCCCUAUCCCAAGCACCUCGAGGACGCCGCGAUCCCGCAUGUCGAGAGCAUCGUUGCCGGCGCCAGGGCCGUGAUGGGGCGCUGA